GAGCAACGCCAAGCGUUCAACUUUCUUUUCUAAUUUUCUUCCAUGUCUUUGUGAUCGAGUGCCUUGCGGCGUUGGAGAAACAAAAUCAUCUCCCUCCUCGGAGGACGAUUCCCAUCCUCUUUCCCCUUAAGACAUAAAAUAUGGCGUCCCCUGUCUGAGAUCGAAGAAAGAAGAAUAUCAGAUGGCUGGUGGUGGUGCUGUCUUCUCUCUACCCUCUUUCCUUCUUUCCUUCUCUUCGUUAUUGCUUCUCCUCAUCUCUGUCUUUGCGUCGAGGCCAUCGUCUUCCGUUGAUGACGGUGAUUCCGGUCCCCUUUCCUUGAGGUCGAGUUACCCCUACGGCCAAGCGGAGAAGCUAAUCCGCCAACUGAAUCUCUUCCCUGGAAACCAACUGCUGGAGAGGGAACCGGAGGGCGAACAUCGCCUUAAGCGUUCUCCGCUUCUUGUUGAGAGGAGAUUCAAGUUCCCCAACAUUGCCAGUCCCGUCUCCAUAGAGGAUUUUGGUCACCAUGCUGGUUACUACCGUCUGCCGCAUACAUAUGGCGCCAGUAUGUUUUACUUCUUCUUCGAAUCUCGUGGGAGCAAGGAUGACCCCGUGGUCAUCUGGUUGACGGGGGGCCCUGGCUGCAGCAGUGAAUUGGCGCUCUUCUAUGAGAAUGGACCAUUCACCAUAGCUGAUAAUAUGUCUCUCUUAUGGAACGAUUAUGGAUGGGACAAGGUAUCCAAUCUCAUAUAUGUUGAUCAGCCUACGGGAACUGGUUUUAGUUACACCACUGAUAAAAGAGACAUUCGUCAUAAUGAAAAGGGAGUUAGCAAUGAUCUGUAUGACUUCUUGCAGGAAUUCUUCAAGGAGCACCCUGAGUUUGCAAAAAAUGACUUCUACAUUACUGGAGAAUCAUAUGCUGGCCACUAUAUUCCUGCAUUUGCAAGCCGUGUUUAUGAAGGAAACAAUGCAAACGAAGGCAUUCACAUAAAUCUGAAGGGUUUUGCCAUUGGUAAUGGACUCACCGAUCCAGCAAUCCAGUACAGAGCAUAUCCAGACUAUGCACUGGAAAUGGGAUUAAUCAAGGAGUCUGAUUACAAAAGAAUCACCAAAUAUUUACCAGCCUGUGAAUUGGCAAUAAAACUUUGUGGCACAACUGGAACUGCUGCGUGCUUGGCUUCGUACUUGGUUUGCAAUUCUAUAUUUUCUUCAAUCUUGGGAAUUGCUGGCAAAAUCAAUUACUAUGACAUCCGAAAGGAAUGUGAAGGGAACCUAUGCUAUGACUUCUCAAAUAUGGAGAAAUUCUUGAACCAAAUGACUGUCCGAGAUGUACUUGGUGUUGGUGACAUACAGUUUGUUUCUUGUAGUCCCACCGUAUACGAGGCAAUGCUGACAGAUUGGAUGAGGAAUUUGGAAGUUGGUAUUCCUAAGCUUAUCGAUGAUGGAAUCAAGCUGCUAGUAUAUGCUGGGGAAUAUGACCUCAUUUGCAAUUGGCUCGGUAAUUCGAGGUGGGUGGAGUCCAUGGAGUGGUCUGGUCAUCAGAAUUUUGUUGCAUCACCUACCGUUCCAUUUACGGUUGAUGGUUCUGAAGCAGGACUGUUAAAAACUUACGGAAAUCUGAGUUUUCUCAAGGUUCAUGAUGCUGGUCACAUGGUACCGAUGGACCAACCAAAAGCCUCACUUGAAAUGUUGAAGAGAUGGAUGGAAGGAAAACUCAGUGAUGGCGUUACCUCAGACGCCCUCGUUUCUGCCCUGUGAAAAAAAGAAAGUACUUGUUUUUCCUUAGCAACCACAUAUAUACCAUGUUAUACGGUGUCUUAGACAGACGGUGGUGUUUUCCCUCUCCCUGUAGCUCUUUAAGGGUAUCGUAGAUGCCGUAAGUGACUGAUUUGAAACUAAGCAUCGGAAAGGUGGCUAAUGUCAUAAGAAAAGCAGUACAAAGAACGGGAAGGAAGUUGCUAUUAGUUAC